AUGCCACUUUUGAGAGACCUUAAGGAGAAUAACCCAGAUGACUUCAAAAACUAUUUACGUAUGGAUAAGUCCACCUUUGAAUAUAUUUUAAAUCUAGUUCGGCCUUAUAUAUCGAAGCAAGAUACAGUAAUGAGAAAGUCUAUAACUGCGGACGAAUAUCUAGUGGCAACGUUACGCUUUUUAGCAACUAGGCGGUCAUAUCAAGAUAUACAAUUUUUCACCUGUAUUUCGGCUCCAUCUUUAUGCAAUAUUAGACCAGAGACAUGUUUGGCUAUUUACACUACCCUUAAGGAUAAAUAUUUAAAGUUUCCUAGAAAUAAAGAAGAAUGGUUAAAUAUAGCAGAGAAGUUUAACCAGAAAUGGAACUUCUCCAACUGUGGGGGAGCCCUAGAUCGCAAACAUAUUCGUAUUACCCAACCACCAAGCACUGGAGCACAGUACUAUAACUUCAAGGGUUUCUACAGUAUCGUGUUGAUGGCACUUGUAAAUGCGGAUCAUGAGUUCCUAUUUGUCAAUAUCGGUAAAAACGGGAGACUCGGAGGCGUAAUUGAGUAUAUGGAAUUUUACCAAAGAUUAAAAUCAAAACGUCUGAAUUUGCCUACAAAUGACGAAACAAAAAUAAAUUAA